CCACCACAACGAAGAGCGCUGCCCCUCAUAGCUUCACAACGAGAACUAGUCCAUUAUUUUUCAAAUUUCAAUUCCUACCCAGAAUGAAAGCCACUACCUCUCUGUUCUUUCUUGCAGCCGUAGCAAUGUCGGCCGUCAUGGCUGACUUUGAUACUACACCUCCUCACACGACAUGUUACAAUCACUUCUUGACGACCGGUAAGAAGUGUGUGUAUUCUUCACCAAACGAUAUGGAGCGAUGCCCUGCACCUCCAGAUCCUCCAAAGACUUCACAAUCAGUCCCUCUGUUCCAACACCAGAUUUCAAUGAAUAAGCGGAGCGAGGAUCACACGUUAGGACGCCGGUACGACACCACCAAACCGGUAACCACGGCGGUCAAGAUGGUGUUUACCUGCCCUGAGCCUCAAAACCCGGACCCCAAUGAUGAUUCAAGUGGAUUGGGUGUGUGCCUCUGGGUCGGAGCUAACUGUAAUUCUACGGGUUGGGUCAACAAGGACAACUUUUCUAACUGUGGGAAACAGCUAUACAUCCAAAGGAAAGGUGACAUAAUGAACCCCAAGUACCCCAGAGUUAUCGGUGGCUGUGACUUUGGACCUGACCUUCCGAACGAAGUGGGGUGCUUCAACCUUGCAGUAAACCAAAAGCUAUUUGAUGCAUUCAACCCCACCGAGGAGGAACGCAGUACUGGCGUGUUGAGUAACAUCAUGACUUGGGAUUUCAACAAUCUCAAGGGCUCCAAGAAGCAGAAUGGUCCAAACUGAGAGGGUUCUUUGAAGCUCGACCCCGCGCAAUCUUACUUUCUUCUUCUUUCAGUCGUGUCAAAUCUUUCAUUGUUGUUCCAUUUCCUUUUUUUUGUUCAACUGGACCCAUCCAUUCACCUUACAGAUAAUCCACAGACCAAGAAUUAUCAGCACAGAUAUGCAUCAUCUCGAUGAUCAUUGGUGCAAAUGCGACAUUAGAGUCUUUCCGCGGAUUCUACUUCAAUCAUCGUGCUGUUGUUUCGAAGAACUUUGGCGUUAAAACUAAUCGAGAAGAAGAAUUG